AUGAAGACAGCCGCGCUCGUGCUCUCGAUGCCGGCUCAAAACUGGGACACCUUGGAGUCUCCGAAGUCGACCCACAAGCUGCCUUCGAACAGCAGCCUCCCCGGCGCAGCCAGCGGGAUGGAGGAGCUGCUCGUGGCAGCCAUGCGCUCCAAGGACUCCCCGGCCCUGAAGGAGCUGGUGAAGAAGGUCGCUGAGAUGAUCGCAACCAUGAAGGCCCCGAUGAAGCAGAGUGUGGGCGGAAUCCAGACGACGAUGGAUGAGUCCGCGAAGAAUGUCGAGAAGUGUGGGGUGAACAAGCACACGGAGAACGCCAAGCAGUUCAAGUCAGACUUCACGGCGAAGAGUGAGCUGCACUCGCAGUGCCGGGCCUCUGAGCAGGCCAAGCUGACGAAGAAGACCUCCUGCGAUUCGGAGCUCGCCUCUGUCACGGAUCUGAAGGACACUGCGUGCAAUGCCUUGGCAGCGCUGGAGAAGACGAUGUUCGAUUACAAGGAUCAAUGCGGCGCAAAGACGGGGGAGACCUUCAAGGCCUACCACACCCGCCUGGCCGAGGCGUCAAACACCCUCAUCGCCAAGUGGGACAAGCUGAGCACGGAGUGCGCUGACGCCAAGAAGAAGUUCGACGAGAAGACCACCAGCUGCAAAUCCUCCGCCGCAGCCCACGUGAGCCAGAAGGAGCACUGCGACAGCGUUCAGGAUUCCAUGGAUGGCUACUCCUGCUCCUACGCGCAAGCGGAAACUUCCAGGUGCGAGACCAUGGAGGAGUGCUUCAAGCAGGCCGCUUCGACCCACUCCAACCUCAUGGCCACGCAGAACGCCGAGCUCGAGGCCCUUCGCAAGGAGUGGCGGGCCCUGCUUCGCAUGGAGUGCCUCAUCACCACUUUCACGACGGCAGAGUCGGGCCGUGCUGCGGCCAUUGACAAUUGCCAGACCAUGGAUGUCGUGGGGCAGGCCUCCACGGAUCUCUCCGUCGUGGAGCCCACAACUCCCGCGAUGCCCACCUGUGCUGCUCCAACGGACACCGUGGGGUCCCAGGCCUACCGCACGGCGCAGUAUGGCAGCUUGCCCUCCGAGGCCCCGGCGAAGGAGUGCGUGGCCAGCUGCUGCAAAGCCACGGGCGGCUUCUCGGGUUUGGACUUCUCGGGCCUGUCCUCGCCCCUUGGCAGCUGGUUCUUGGCACUGAACAUCGACACCGGAGAUGGCAACGUGGUGGCCUACGGCAACAGUGACUUCUGGCAGUCCUCCUCGGCCCAUGGAGGUGCGAGCGUUGAUGAGAACGAGCGCUUCACGCGAGACUACAAGAACCUGGAGGUCUUCAGCCAGACGGCGGCCAAGGAGGUGCUGAUCGUCUGCCACGAGGAGGGCAAGGUGCUCGGCUGGCGAACAUGGAAGCUGCUUGAGACCAAGCCUCUCAGGGACUGGUUCAAUCAAGCCAACGCUUGUCCCGGGAAUCUGGCGCAAGGGUCGAGUGUGCAGAUCUCUUCUCAGACAACUGGCGCGGACGUGGGGAACCUCAUCGAGUGGGAGCCUUUGAUCGCGAACAAGCACGACGGAACCGGUGCGCUCUACGUCAACUCAGGCUUCAGUGGCAACGACUUCAACCGCAUCUCCACUACCAACAACGGGCCAGGGAACAAGGGAUCUGGCCUGGGAACCCAGUAUGACUACAACAAUUGCGACUUGAUCUCUCAUCGGCCCACCGCGGAUGCCGAGAUGCGCACGGAGAAAGACCACUGGGGCUCCAGCGGCGGCGUCGGCGGCCUCAUCGGCUCGGACCACAAGUGCAACGGUGGCUGCCCCUGGACCAUCUCUUCCGGGUACGACUACGACUACGCCAUCUUCGUGAUGUAG